GGGUUGGGGGUCACAGACAGAUGGGCGCAGGGGCCUACACUGAGUUUCACUUUGGGGGAUUAAGGUGGGGUGGGACAAUAAAGACUGUACCCAGACCAUUCCAGACUGAGCAGGGGUGCAACAAGAUCAAGUUAGACACAUGCUGUAUGUCUGAUUAUACAGUGAUUGAGGGCCACAGAUCUAGAAUUCCCAUCAGGAUCUGAAAGGUAGAGAGCCACUACUGUAAGGGCUGAUCCUGGCAGGGACCCCCUCUUAGUUUUGUGUCCCCCAGGGCCUGGCACAGCCCUUAUGAAAGGGUUGGUGAAUGAAUGACGGGCUGAAUGAGUGAGUGAGUCUUGACUUAUAGGUCUCCUACUGUGGCAGGUGUGGAAGGAUCUGGGGGCCGAUCCAGGAUUGGUAGGACCCUGUCCUUCUUGGCCUUUGUGUCGUGAGCCAGCUGUUUCCUCAUUAGGAAACUGGAGCUGGUAAUGUGCCCUUCCUGCCUCCCAGGGCUGUUUUGAAUCUCGGGUAAGGCAAGCAAUGUGAAAUACCAUCUCACCCAGACGUUAUUACUUUCACUUUUUUCAAUGCGUAGAAAUACAGAUUCUUUGCAGAAAUAUUAGAAAUGUAGAAAAGCCAAAAGAAAUCACCCCAAAUCUCACAACUUAGGAAUCGUCAUUGCAUAUACUUUGAUGGAGCUCUUUCCAUAUAUCUUACUCAUAUAUAAUCUGUUAUGUUACUGUCAUUAAUGAGAUCACAGAGAGACAUUCCCUGGCCGACCUUCUGGGGCUUCAAGGGUGGCUGGAGAAAGGACUCACUGAGGAACAACUCUCAUGGCUUGACAUUGGGAGACCUGCAGCCGGACUGGACCUUUGAGGAAAUACCCAAAGACCCCAGGCAUCUAGGGCGCCAGCAAAGACCUGCCUCCAGGCCUGGCCCAGCAGCAUCUGCCAGAGGAAGAAGCUGGGAACACUCUGAAGAGUUACCUAGAAGCACCUUCAACUAUGAUUUUGAAGCAUCCUCUGGGCUCCAGCCCCCAAAUCAGGUGCCCAGGCACCGAGAGAAAGUAGACAAUGUUUGGACAGAAGACUCCUGGAACCAGUUUGUGCAGGAACUAGAGAGUGGGAAGAGGCCCAAGAAACCGCUGGUGGAUGAGCCUGUUGAGAAGCCCUCCCAGCCCAUCGAGGUCCUGCUGGAGAGAGAGCUGGCCAAGCUGAGCGCAGAGCUGGACAAGGACUUGCGGGCGAUCGAGACCCGGUUGCCGUCCACCAAGAGCUCGAAGGUGCCCAGACGGGCCCCGGAGCAGCGCCCCCGGGCCCCGGAGCAGCGCCCGCCGGCCCACCCAGCCUCAGCCUGGAGCCCCAGUUCUCCACACACACCUUACCUGGGUUCUUCCUGGUCCCCGAGCCCCGGCAGAAUGGCAGAUGCAGGAAGCCCCUUCCUAGGUCGCAGGGACUUUGUCUACCCUUCCUCCACCCAAGACCCCAGUGCUUCUGAACAAGGGGGCAGCCCAGCUAGGAAGGAAGAGAAGAAGAGGAAGGCAGCUCGGCUCAAGUUUGACUUCCAGGCACAGUCCCCCAAGGAACUGACUCUGCAGAAGGGUGACAUCGUUUACAUCCAUAAGGAGGUGGAUAGAAACUGGCUGGAGGGGGAGCACCAUGGUCGACUGGGCAUCUUCCCUGCUAAUUAUGUGGAGCUGCUGCCUGCAGAUGAGAUUCCCAAGCCCAUCAAGCCCCCAACCUACCAGGUGGUGGAUUACGGAGAAGCCUUAGCCCUGUACACCUUCAAGGGGGACCUGGACGUGGAGCUGUCCUUCCGCAAGGGGGAGCGCCUCUGCCUGAUCCGCAAGGUGAAUGAAAACUGGUACGAGGGGCGCAUCCCGGGCACAGGGCGCCAGGGUAUAUUCCCCGCCAGCUACGUGCAGGUGUGUCGUGAGCCCCGGCUGCGGGUCUGUGACGAUGGCCCCCAGCUCCCUGCAUCUCCACGCCUGAUCACUGCCACCCGUAUGGCCCGUUGCCCCAGCUCCCCUACAGUGCCACGCAGCCCAGCUGACCCCACUGACUGGGGAGGCCGGACCUCACCUCGUCGCACCGGCUUCUCCUACCCUGUCCAGGAGCCCAGACCCCAGAACCAGGUUCCUCCUGUGAACCCUCAGAAUAUUAGAACCCUAGACCCAGCUCUGUCCCACCCUCGAGGCACCAGCCAUCCCCUGGAUGUGGGGGCCUCCUCCACUAACACCUCUCAGAUACACUGGACCCCGUAUCGGGCGAUGUACCAGUACAGGCCCCAGAAUGAGGAUGAGCUGGAGCUGCGGGAGGGGGACCGGGUGGAUGUCAUGCAGCAGUGUGAUGAUGGCUGGUUCGUGGGUGUCUCCCGGAGGACCCAGAGAUUUGGAACGUUCCCUGGAAAUUACGUUGCCCCGGUGUGAGUGGUCACUGUGGCAACUCGGAGCCAGCCAGGAUGGGGUGGGAGCAGUAGCACUUAUGGAGAGGAGAGCUGACCGCCCCCAUCCUCCUUCCCCAGGA